CUGUAUGUCGUAUGGAUGCAUGGACGUCGCACUCGGCUUUCCGCCACUUUCUUCCCCGGCUUGUAAGCUAAGCUACAAACCAUUAGCUGCUUGCAUUGGGCGAAGCAAAGUUAGUCGACAACAAGCGGCCGCCAUGGCGAGACCUCUCCUCCAGCACAAGACCGACCGCACCACCACAUCCCACUCCGGAGCGCCGGCGCCCCACCUACUCUUCCUACUCCUCCUCGCCGCCGCGGCCGUCGCGACGGUCGUCGUGUCUCUCUGCACCAGCAGCAAGCACUCCAAGCCGUGGAAGCAGCGGGUGGGGUCGUCGGCGCCGGCGCCGCAGGUCGACGGGGGCAGCGCCAGGAAGCAGUUACUCGCCAGCCUCAGCGGCAUCGGCGGCAAGGCGGCGGCGGUGGCCAAGAUGGUCUCGUGGAACAGGCGGUCGCCGCCGGCGGGCGGCUGGAGCAGCGCCAGCGACGACGACGACGCCGAGGCCGCUGGCGGCGCUGUCGCGGAGGGGGAGGCCCUGUGGAAGAAGACCAUCAUCAUGGGCGACAAGUGCCGCCCGCUCGAGUUCUCCGGCAGCAUCGCCUACGAUUCAGACGGCAACCGGCUUCAGCCUCCACCAGCUGCGGAGAUCAAGAAGGGCGCCACCGAUGCAGCCGUGAAGUAAUUAACGUCGAGGCUGGUGGUGUCAAGAACUCGAUAUCAAGCAGCGCCGGCAAAUAACGUUCUUGGCCUGGCCUGCAAGUUUCAGAUUUUUCGGUCCUGGCCUGCACACGUGUGUACGCAUGCAUGCAGUUGAUCGUUAUUUUUUUUAUCUAAUAUUUUUUACCUACAUCUCUAAUAUAAAUCUUCUCUGGAAUUUUCA